UCUUCACGAAGAUAAGAAGUACUUGAGUCUGUGAGGCAAGAGGUUAAACGCCAAUUGUUCCUCAUUUGUUAGUCAAAGUUGUAGGAAAAACAAGACAGAAAGAGAGAGUGGCGCUUCUCUUGAGUCUUGAUUGAAGGAAGCUUCUCAUCACCACACAUAAAGCAAUUGGAACCACACCUUCCAUUCCUACUCCUCCUGUUUUUGGGAGAAGUAGAAAAAACCAUAACAGGAGAGAAUGGCUGAGGUUGCAGUGUCCACGGUUGUUACGGAGCUAUCAGAAUUGCUUGUGGAACAAGCUGCGGCGGCGGUUUCACAAUUGGCAGCGGUAAGAGGGCAAGUUGAGAGUUUAAAGAACGAAUUAGAAUGGAUGCAGUGCUUUCUGAAGGACGCAGAUGCCAAAGCCGAACAAGAAGGCAACGAACGUGUUCGUUUGUGGGUGUCCGAUAUCAGAGACGUGGCAUUCGAAGCAGAGGAGCUUAUAGAAUCCUACGUGUACAAGGCAACCACGCAAAGCAGGUUGGACAGAGUGUUCAGACCCUUUCAUCUCUGCAGGGUUGGUACCAAAAUCCACAAAAUCCAGUCUAAGAUAAAGAACAUAUCGGACAGGCGUGAAGCAUACGGCGUCGUAAUGUCCCAUGAUGUUGCCAACAGCAGCAAUGAAAGGUUGAGGCACUGGAGACAGCUUUCGCCUUAUUCUGAAGAAGAUUAUGUUAUUGAGCUUGAAGAUGACAUUGGGUUACUCCUUACCCAGUUGCUUGCCGUGGAGCCCACGCCUCAUGUGGUUUCUAUAGUGGGUAUGGGUGGUUUGGGGAAAACAACUUUGGCCAAUAAACUCUACAAUCACGCCAAAAUAAACAACCAUUUUGAGUGCAAAGCAUGGGUUUAUGUGUCCAAAGAGUAUAGGAGGAGGGACGUUUUGCUAAAGAUUCUCAAGGAUGUGACGGUGGAUGUUCUAACCAGAGAUGAAACUGAUAGACUGGAGAGAAUUCAUGAGGAAGAGCUGGUGAACAAGCUGCGCCAGGUGUUGGAUGAGAAAAGGUAUUUGGUGGUGCUUGAUGAUGUUUGGGGGAUGGAGGUUUGGGAUAGCUUGAAAUCUGCUUUUCCCAGAAGGAAGAUGGGAAGUAAAAUACUGCUCACAACAAGGAACUGGGACGUUGCUUUGCAUGCUGAUGCUUGUAGCAAUCCUCAUCAGCUACGGCCAUUGACUGAUGAUGAGAGUUUUAGAUUGCUACGCAACAAAGCAUUCCCUGGAGCAGAUAGAGUCCCCUUUGAGUUGGAGAGUCUUGCAAAGGAGAUUGUGGUGAAAUGUGGAGGUUUGCCUUUGGCUGUGGUGGUGGUUGGUGGUUUGCUGUCUAGGAAACUCAAGUCAAGUGGGGAAUGGAAAAGGGUGCUGCAAAAUAUCAGCUGGCAUUUGCUAGAAGAGCAAGAGAAGAUAGCUAGAAUUUUGGCCUUAAGCUACAAUGAUUUGUCUCCUCACUUGAAAUCAUGCUUUCUAUAUUUGGGUCUUUUCCCAGAGGGCAUGAACAUUCAGACAAAAAAAUUGAUCAGGUUGUGGGUUGCGGAAGGGUUUCUACCACAAGAAGGGGAAGAAACUCCAGAAGGUGUUGCUGAGAAAUAUUUGAAUGAGUUGAUUGGAAGGUGCAUGAUUCAAGUGGGAACAGUAGGCUCAUUAGGCAGAGUGAAGACAAUUCGCAUCCACGAUCUUCUUAGAGAUCUUUCAGUCUCUAAAGGAAAAGAGGAGUAUUUUUUCAAGAUAUUUCAAGGUGAAAUGGCAGGCCCAUCAACAUCUCAGCCAACAAAAGCCCGGCGCCAUUCAAUACAUUCUUGCCAUGACCGGUAUGAUUUCUUGAAACACAAUGCUGAUCAUUCCCGUUCCCUGUUGUUCUUCAAUAGAGAAUAUAAUGAAGAUAUAGCAAGUAGAACAUGGCUUCAUUUGAAAUUUCUGGAGGAAAAGAAAUUGAAUUUUAUCUUCAGGAAAUUUAAGCUACUGAGGGUACUAGAAUUAGAUGGUGUUCGGGUAGUUAGCCUGCCAAGCACCAUAGGGGACUUGAUUCAAUUAAGGUAUCUGGGAUUGAGGAAGACUAAUCUAGAAGGAAAACUUCCACUUUCCAUUGGAAAUUUGCUAAACCUACAGACACUUGAUUUAAGGUAUUGUUGUUUUCUGAAGAAAAUACCAAACGUAAUUUGGAAGAUGGUGAACUUGAGACAUUUGCUCCUGUACACACCAUUUGAUUCUCCAGACAGUCGCCAUCUACGACUGGAUACAUUAACGAAUCUACAAAGCCUACCACACAUUGAGGCUGGAAACUGGAUAGCAGAUGGUGCUUUAGCAAAUAUGAGCAAUCUCAGGCAACUAGGGAUAUAUGAAUUAUCAGGACGAAUGGUGAAUGAUGUACUUUCUACUGCACAAGGAUUAUGCAAUCUUCAUUCACUGUCACUAUCACUUGAAUCUGAAGAGGAUGAAUUUCCAAUCUUUAUGCAGCUGUCUCAGUGCACUAAUCUUCAAAAGCUCUCUUUAAAUGGCAAGAUCACGAAGCUACCUGAUCCACAUGAGUUCCCACCGAACCUCUUAAAACUAACUCUACAUAAUUCCCACCUACAGAAGGAGUCUAUUGCCAAAUUGGAGAGAUUACCAAAUCUUAAAAUGCUAGUUUUGGGUAGAGGGGCAUACAGUUGGCCAGAACUGACAUUCAAUGCUGAAGGGUUUUCAAAAUUGUAUAUUUUGAAACUUGUUCUUUUGAAAGAAUUGGAAGAGUGGACCGUUGAGGAAAGUGCAAUGCCAAGGCUUGAGCACAUGGUUAUUGAUCGCUGUGAGAAGCUGAAAAAGGUUCCAGAAGGACUGAAAGCUGUUACUUCUCUGAAGAAAAUAAAAAUUAUAGGAAUGCCUGUCGAAUUUGAACACAGGCUUCGGACUAAAGAUUUGUUCGAGUUCACAAACACUCCAUUAAUUGAAUCGACUACUGACAUUUUGGCAAUUGAUUAAUUGCGGUACAAUGUUGAUGGGUAACACGUAACUUCAUCUGUGGAAUGGAAGCAUUUUUCAAUUUCUGGUGAGUGCCAUCAUAUGUAGAACUUAUGUAAGCAGUGCUGGGGUUUGGCAGAAUGCAGCAUUUCUCUCAGCUAUGAAAAAUUCAACAAACACCUUAUGCUUACAAAUUGAUAUCUCAGUCACACGUAAAUAGCCAUUAUUUAUUUAACCUAUUCUGUACCUUAUUCCAUCAUAACUUUUGCAUCAACCUCGUUGUGGCACUUGCCAGCCCCUUUUCUAUGUCAAAUCCAUUCUGUUUUGGCAUUAAUGGGUUAUUCUGUUUUAAUUUGACUCGAGCGGUGCAUUUUAGAGGCAGAGUUAUAACCUUUUAUUAUACAUGUAUUCUAAGUCAAAUCUAUUUGGUUUUGCUCCUUCGUUCAUGGCUUUACCUCAGAUUAAAACAUAGCCUGAAAGAAUAAUCAUAUUUCAUACU